AUCCGCGGGUGUCGUCCAUUUUGUGUUGACGUGUUAGCUAGGUAUCUCGCAGGGACAGUCAAUUUAAAAAUCAUGGAGAAGAUCAUUAAUAUAACGCCACAGUUGGAGUCGAUCUGGGAGAGGCGUUUUAAGACGAAGACCCCGCACAAGUGCGCCCUGGUGCUGGCCCGGGGAGGGAGUAAGGGCAUCCCGAUGAAGAACAUCAAAAUGCUCGGUGGAACGCCGCUCAUCGGCUGGGUGGUGCGGGCCGCCGUCUACGCAGAGGUCUUCGACAGCAUAUGGGUGUCCACCGACAACGAGAGGAUCGCCAACGUCGCGAGGGAUUAUGGGGCGCAGGUACACUACCGGAGUGAAGAGGUGUCUACUGACACCACCAGCUCCUGGGAGACAGUCGGGGAGUUUCUACAGCAGCACCCAGAGGUUGACAUCGUCGCCAACAUCCAGGCGACCUCCCCCUGUGUCCACCCCUUCCACAUACAGGAGGGAAUGCGCAUGCUCCUGGAGGACAGCUUUGACUCCGUCUUCACCAUCUCUAAGAAACACGGCUUCAUCUGGAAGGAGCCUCCACAGAAGGAUAUGCAGCCGAUCAACAUUAACCUUGACCUGAUGAACCGCCCCCGUCGCCAAGACUACGACCCUGAACCUGUGGAGAACGGAGCGUUCUACAUGUACACCCGAGAAAUACACGCACAGGGGAAAACUCAGGGCGGCAGAAUAGCCUGGUUAGAGAUGGGAGGGGAGUACAGUGUGGAUAUCUACACCGAUCUGGACUGGGACAUCGCCGAGGAACGUCUGCUGCGGUUUGGAUACCACGGCAAACACCCAAAGAUCGUGAAGCUGGUGGUGAUCGCGGCGGACGGCGUGCUGCUGGACAGUCACGUGGAGAUCAACGCGCGCGGAGAGGAGCUCAUGUCUUAUCAUCUCAGCGACGUCAACGCCAUCAAGCACAUGCAGAACAACCUGGUGGAGGUCCGCAUCAUCGCUGAGGGUGAGAACGUAGUACAGAGACGUCUGGCCGCUUCACUGGGCUGUAAGAUUCACGAGAACUCAAAGAACAAGCUGCAAGUGCUGAAUCAAUGGCGGGAAGAGCUGGGACUGACAUGGAGAAACGUGGGAUAUAUGGGGAGUGAGAACACGGACAUGCAGUGUGUGAAGGCGGCGGGCAUGAGCGCCUGUCCCGCCGACGCGCACGAGGACGUCCAGCUGGUGUCGCACUUCAUUUCCAAGUACAAGGGCGGGCAGGGCGGGCUCAGGGAGUUCAGCGAACAGGUCCUGAAAGUGAAUAAGAUGAGCACCUACAAGGACAGAGUGGACAAGACCACAGUCUAUGCCAAUAACCCGGCCACGUCUUGAAACAUUUGAAGGAAUUCUCAGGAACAGAACCUCGGCAUGGCACCGACGGGAAGGAUUCUUCUGACGUUCACCUUGAUCCUGCUUCAAGUCGUCUUAAGUGACCAACAGGCUGUGGUCCUGCCUACAGUGAGAAUUCCCUCAGCAAUCUCUGUGUCGUUCACGAAUGACGGUUUGAACGACCAGGCUGUUUCGAGAGCAGCCAGCAGUAUCAACUGGAGGUCAAGGUUCUACAGGUUCCUGGAAGGCAGAUUAAGUGGAAGCGAGCUCAGUGAAGAUGACCUUUCUUCGGUGGAAGCCAAAGUACUAGCUGCACUGAAGCUACCGAAGCUGAAUGAGAUCAGUGCGCCUGGGCUAGGGUACCUUCUGACCUCCGAAGACGUCGCCCGAGACGUUCCGUCGGUUGUUCACGUCUUGAAGAACAUCGACAACGUCAAGUUCUUCGACAUUCUUCAGAUCGCAGCCUCCACCUCAAGUCUGGGACAAGGCCCGCAGCCAGACCGGUCUGCAGCCCUGCCCCGCCAGCCUGUCCCCGGACUGAACAUCUCCACACCUCUCCGGGACGCCAUUCUCAACAUCGGGAUGAACCAUCUGCAGGGUGAACUGGACGAGGCAUGGCAGGACAGCCUGGCGAAGUUGUCGCCUUACCUGCCGGGUAUCACUGUGGGGCAGGUCAACAGGGUCAAGCAAUCCGACAUGGUCGCCAACAAACUCCUGGAACUCUUGCAGAAUGCCCGGCCCAUGCUCAGCAGUUCUGUGCGAGCUAACGUUGUCCGGUACUUCAAGCGAGUCAAGGCCGGGAACUGGUCGACAGAAGAGAACGUCAUUCAGUCACUGGGAGUGUUUGUUGGCGACAUAAGUCUGGACGAUGUUGACAACAUAACCAUCGAUACAUGGAAACUGGUGUUCAACUCUCACAGACUAGAGGACAUUGACCCCACGUUAGCCCGCGGCAUUCUGGAUAAACUGCUGUAUGCAAAUGUCACCGUAACGGAACCAAUAGGCAACGUUCAGAGACUGGGUAAGCUGACGUGUGUGUUACCCGAGGCGCUGGGGUACAAGGCGAGUUCCCUGAGUCAGGACGUGUGGCGGGAACUGGCGCGGGUGCUGCACAAGUGUAACAUCGGCGCCCCGGGACGGCCUGGGAGCGGGCUGUCCAGACCAGGCAGGAAGUUGGCUCAGAGAAUCGCCAAGUCGCUGAUCCCUGUACCAGCCUCUGCCAGUGUCACUGACCUACGGAACGUUGGCCCCGCCAUUGUUGGCCUGUCGGUCACUGACCUCCAGCAGCUGAACAACAGGAGAGUGUAUGACGCCAUGUCUGAAAUGUCACAGGCCCAGGGACUGUCCAGGGCACAGGCACAAACUCUACUUCAAAAGUAUGUCAGUGGAAAAGGGUCUUCAGUGACCACUUCAGACUUUUCUCGCCUGGGCAAUGUCGUAGCAGCAGUGGACAGCGAAACUCUGGCCCAGUUUGGACGACAGGACCUACAGGGGUCACUUUCUACUAUCAUUGCUUCCGCCCACACGAUGUCUCCUGCACAGAGGAAGGCCAUUGUGAAGAAGAUUGUUGGCAACAGUCCUGACAGUGUUGUGAACGACCUUGGACCUCUGAUCUCUGACCUGUCUCUGGGGUCAGUACAGAAUGUGUUCCCAUCACAACAAGACAUCCCCACACUGGCUACACUACCCUGGAACCAAGCACAGGCAGCAAAUAUGAUCAAGAGAAUAAAGGAGACAAGACAGCUGACUCCAAGUUUAGUUGGUACAUUAGGUACCCUGUUGAGUGGGUUUGGGUGCCCUGACAUGGAUGAUGUAGCUCUACAGGACAUUGUUGAAGUGACUGUGAUGCUGUAUGAUUAUGUGGAUCAGCUUCCCAGAGCAGUGAGAGUUUGCCUGGCCAAUGCCACGCUGGUAGCCAUGAACAUCACCCUGAAGAGAAGUGGCACUGUGACAGGCUCCACUGGUGCUGUGACUACAGUACCCGGGCAUGUGAUUGCAGAAAUGCAGUAUGAAAUUUUGGCCUCCAUCCCACGUCCAGACUGUAGUGAUGCAUUCCGCAAAGUUGGAAAACUGGACAUGUCACAGUUCCCUCUGUGGUACCAGCGCAACAUGACAGCACUGGCACUCACCUGUCUGGGUAAACAAAAGAGUCAACCAUACAGACUGGAUGCCACGGAUGUUGAUGUGCUCGGGAAACUUCUGUGUCACAUCGAUGACUUCUUUAAGGUUACUGAAGAUGCAGUGCUGGAUGCCAUCAACCUCCUGAAGGAAUGUCAGUGUUUCACUGUCAGACAGAGAGAGGCUGUGAAGGACAUGAUUAAAAUUGCCUUUGGGAACAAUGCCCGAUGGUGGACGUCCUACGAGCUGGGCCAGGCCGGGCCUCUCCUCCACCUGCUGGAUGGAGACAUACAGAGGAUAUCUCAGGAUGCUUUGUUGGAUGCCAUAGAUCUGGUGCUUCCCGUCCCACAAGACAACAGAAACAUCAUCAAUGCAAACAGAACUACAGAAAGAGACUGUCUGCCAGUGAAGAGGAAUAACAAUCUCUAUAAGAGGGUCAUCUCUGCAGUUGCCAGAGGCAGGACAUCACCCAUCCCCACACGGAACAGGAGACAAACCCUGCAGGCGCCUCUCCUGUGUGACCAGGUGCAGCUGCUGGGUGAUGCUGUAGUACAGCUGACAGAACAGCAGGUGACCUACAUGGAGGACAGGGAGUUUCUGGACUGUCUGGAGGUGUUCGGUGCUGCCCGCUCCAACGACACAGACUGGGAUGACUACAUGCUGCGUGUGCUGAGGAUCAAGACUUUUGAUGCCGCUGGAGGAACUGUCCAGCAGUUGACCCCUGACCGCAUGGCGCGAGUUGGUCGCAUCGCGGUGACCUUUAGCCCCGGCGACCUGUCAGCUCUGAACUAUGGGAACAUCGACAGUGUGUACGGCAUCGCAAAGCACUCUAACUACAGCAAACAACAGGUGGAGGCUGCCUUCAGAGCCUUCCUGAACCAAAACGGAAACGACGUCAGCGCUCUGACAGAAAGGCAGCUGAUUGGACUCGGUAACUUUCUGUGUGGCAUGUCCACAUCACAGGUCAGCAGGAUCAACCUGGGAGCUUUCAGUGAUGCAGUGCGCAGUAUUGGCCUGCUGACAGAUUGUGACAAUGCCAGACUGGGUGCCCUGAGAACCCUGGCAGGAAAACUGUAUGGUGGGCCCAAAACGUGGGGCCAGGAUACUAUAGUGGACCUGGGGGUUGUCAUGGCUGGGCUGUCAGCAUCGGAGCUGUCAGGGUUACAUGAGGACAGGUGGAGAGCUAUCACACCAUUGGCUAUCUCUGUUAUGGACCCAAACAAAUUCAAGCAACUCUCUGCUUCACGGCUAAGAAGGUUGGGCCCCUCGCAGGCCAUGGCAGUCACUAACAAACAGUUGCGGGCUGCGUCCCAGGCACAGAGGGAUGCUGUGUAUGAUGCAGCCUUGGGACAGAAUGGGAACAGAGCCUCUCUCCUACAGGCCAACAUCAUGAUGAUGGUUGUCUGCUUCUGCUGUGCAUUACGAUGGUGGUCCUGA